AGGAGCACCAAACAGGGUACUGGGUGUGUAAUUUUUUGGAAGUUCAUGCCAGGUAGUAAAAAUAUAUUAUCAAAUGACAAGAAAAUGCUUGCCAUGACCAAAAAAUAUACGGUACUUCCCGUGCAACUUCGAGGAAGGAGAACAAUUUGGGGACAGAAAUGGCCAGGACUUACAGGCAGCAAAAUGCCGGCAACAACAACCUUCUAUACCAAUUUCCUCUUACCUUGUAAGGUUGUACCUUCCUUGUCAUUUACAAUCCUUCCUCUAAGACUUGUUUUUCCUUAAUAAUUUCGCUCCUCACCCGUUUAUUGUUCUCGUUUCACAUAAUAAAAGAACUAUAAAUAUCUCUUCAAGGUCUACUCAUCUUUCCAUGUGCCAUUGCAACGUCAUUUCUUUCUCAAAUCACAUAAAAGGAAGAAAGAAAAAUUAUGGCAACACAAAGCGGAAUUGUGUUUGAGGAUUUUUUCCCAGCCAUGAUUGAGAAAUUGGGAGCCGAAGGAUUCAUGAAAGAACUGUGUAACGGGUUCCGGCUUUUGAUGGAUGGAGAGAAGGGUCUGAUAACAUUUGAGAGCUUGAAGAGGAACUCUGCUUUACUUGGUUUGCAAGGAAUGAGUGAUGAGGAGGUCAUUUGUAUGUUGAGGGAAGGAGACUUGGAUGGUGAUGGAGCGCUGAAUGAGAUGGAGUUUUGUACACUUAUGUUUAGACUGAUCCCCGGUUUGAUGAAGAGUUAUAGGAAAUUGUUGGUGGAAGCAAUUGUUGAUGAGUUAUAGACCUCUUUUCUCUCUGGUUGCACGUACUAUGUGAUCAAGCUUUUUUGUAAACCCCUCACCAGUUUCUUCUCAGAAGAAAACCCUUCCCUCUCUCUCUUCGGCCUCCAUACCUCACGGAAGUCCUUUCUCAACUCGCAAAACCGAAGCUCCCAUCCUUUAGUUUCAAAUCGCCCUCUGAUUUCCCUCUAACGCUUUUUCUCUGCUUCACGCCACCUCCUGUUUCUUUUCUCGCUCAUGGUAGAAGCAAGGCUACUGUUUUGGGAUCGCCUCUCAUCACUCUACUUUCUCAACUCUCAACACUUUCAAAUUACCAGAACAGGGUAAGAAAUCCCUCUACUUUCUGUGUGCUCACUGCCCGAACCAUCCAUCUGUCAUGUCGUCCCUGCCUUUUGUGUCCUGCUCGACCAGUCUCCCUCGUAGCCUCUGCUUCUCUCUUUUUCUGUCGUUUUGCAGUCAAAUGAAAAACAAUGACAAGAGGUGCCGUUUGGGGAGUUAUGAGCUAAUGUUUUUACUAUCAAUUGAAUGAAUAAAAAAAUGAUGACUUUUUCAGGACCACUUUCUCGUCACAUCUAACAAUUUGGAACAAAAGGAUGCAUGUAAUUUCAGCAUGAUAGUCAUACUCUAAUACGUGACCGGUGAAUGACCCUUCUCCC